AUGUCCACCCUCGAGGAGCUUGACGACCUCGAUCGCAGAGACAAAGAUGACAAGAAAAAAAAUGGAGACCCCGAUGCAGGCAAGGAGGGGGCGGCGACCGGAGACGAGGAGAUGAAAGACAAAGCAGAUGAUGUCGACGAUAUCUUGGACCACGAGGUACUUGGCCUCAGCACACAAGACGUUUUGACACGAAAGCGACUACUGGAAAACGAUUCCAGAAUCAUGAAGGGCGAGCUUUCCCGACUGUCACAUGAGAAGGCGGCAAUGGGGGAGAAGAUCAAAGACAACGUGGACAAGAUUGCCAACAACAGACAGCUUCCAUAUCUUGUAGGCAACGUUGUGGAGUUGCUAGACCUCGAUCCCACGGCUGAAUCCUCGGAAGAGGGUGCGAAUAUAGACCUGGACGCAACGCGAGUAGGCAAGUCGGCCGUCAUCAAGACGUCUACCCGACAAACAAUUUUCCUGCCACUCAUUGGACUGGUGGAUUCUGAACAGUUGAAACCUGGAGACCUGAUAGGAAUAAAUAAGGACUCAUACCUUAUUCUCGACACCCUACCUGCCGAGUAUGAUAGUAGAGUGAAGGCGAUGGAAGUAGAUGAAAAGCCCACAGAGCAAUACACGGAUGUUGGCGGUCUCGACAAGCAGAUUGAGGAGUUGGUCGAGGCGAUUGUGUGGCCCAUGAAGGAAGCCGACAGAUUCAAAAAGAUUGGCAUCAAAGCUCCUAAAGGUGCUCUGAUGUACGGCCCUCCUGGUACUGGAAAGACGUUGUUGGCAAGAGCAUGUGCGGCGCAAACCGAUGCUACGUUUUUAAAAUUGGCGGGACCACAGCUCGUCCAGAUGUUCAUCGGUGAUGGCGCCAAGCUAGUUCGAGAUUGCUUUGCCUUGGCAAAAGAGAAGGCCCCAGCCAUCAUAUUCAUCGAUGAACUUGAUGCUGUCGGCACAAAGAGAUUUGACAGCGAGAAGAGCGGUGACCGUGAAGUCCAAAGGACUAUGCUCGAGCUUCUAAACCAAUUGGAUGGCUUCGCGUCGGAUGACCGCAUCAAAGUUCUGGCAGCAACAAAUCGUGUUGAUGUGCUUGAUCCAGCUUUGCUUCGAUCCGGGCGUCUCGACCGAAAAAUCGAGUUUCCGCUGCCCAACGAAGAGGCCAGAGCCCAAAUUCUCAAAAUCCACUCCCGAAAGAUGAAGGUGGACCCUGGUGUCAACUGGGGUGAGCUUGCGAGGAGCACCGACGAGUUUGGAGGAGCAAUGCUUAAAGCUGUGUGUGUAGAGGCUGGCAUGAUAGCCUUGCGGUCAGGAAAGAACAAGAUUGGCCAUGAGCACUAUGUUGAUGCCAUCGCUGAAGUGCAAGCCAAAAAAAAAGACACUGUCAACUUUUACGCCUAA